UUUUUUUUUUUCAAUAUGCAACAUAGUUUGACGUUAGUUGCUGUGAUACUAACAAUCAAAUUGUUUAGUACAUAUGCUGACAAUGCUGAUAGAAUCCCGACAGAAUGUCCGCAAGUAGAUCCAAUAAAUACAACAAUUCAUCUUGCCCAUGAGUUUGACUGUUCAAAGUUUUAUGCUUGCUCUAAUGGCCGAAAAAUUUUGAUGAUGUGUCCUUUAAUGGACGGUAAUGGUAAUAGAUUACAUUUUAAUCCAAAGUUACAAGUCUGCGAUUGGCCAAAUCAUGCGGGAUGUUACGUAUCUACUAGUACGACUGCAGUGGUAACUGAAUCUACAAACUUGAGUACUGAUAAUUCAACUGAAUCGAUUGAAACAUCUGUUAGCGUAUCAACAGAAUCGACGGAAGCUGAUAACUCUUCAACAAUAACAGAAACUACAACGGAAUCAUCUUGGAGUUCUAACGAACAAUCAACGGUAGCUAGUUCUAGUGAAGAAAAUCUAACUUCAUCAAGUACAUCAACAGACUCUACACCUCAAAAUACCGAUAGACCUUCAGAGUCUACGCCAAUAACAACAGAAAAAUCAACAGUAUCAAGUACUACUGUUACGAUAGCUCAAGCAACAGUUCCAUCAGAGGCUGAAACAUCAGUAACGCCACAAUCAACUACUCAUACAUCUGAACCCACUUCAGAAAGUACGACUAGACCUUCAGAAUCAACACCUAUCACAACGAGUAAACCUUUGGUGCCUAGUUCUACUAUUACAGAAGCUGAAACAUCAGUAACACCGCCUCCAACUACAGCCGGACCUUCAGAUACAUCAUCUGGUGUCACUGAUAAUUCUUCAGUAUCCAGCUCUACUGUUACAAUAGCUGCAACAUCAGUUCCAUCGCAGUCUACUACUCAUAUACCUGAACUUACUUCAGAAAGUACAGCUAGCCCUUCGGAAUCAACACCUGUCAUAACAAGUAAACCAUCAUUGGCUAGUUCUACUGUCACAGAAGCUAAAAUAUCAGUAAUAUCGCAAUCAACUGAGUAUGUAACUGACUCGAGCCCUCAAAGUACCACUGAAUCUUUAGAAUUAACAUCGGUAACAACAGGAAAUCCUACAGUACCUAGUUCUUCUAUAACCGAAUCAACAUCACGCACUACAACAUAUUCUCCUACAUCAACUCUUCAAACUUCAUCUAGUCCAGACAAUACUAUUAGCCAAUCUACAAUGCCUACAACACAGUCUACUAAAUCGUCGACUUUUUUAACAUCAUCAAUAACUCACAACAGCACAAAUACCCCAGCAAUAAUCACAACACCUCAAAUCACCACCAAUCAAACGGAAAUCACCACCAUAACCACCAACACCACCAACACCACCACCACCACCACCACCACCAUCACCACAAUUCCAACUCAAAUCACCACCGAUGAUUUUGAUUCAAACGAAACAACAGCUUCCCUAUCUACUUCAAUACCUGAAUGUACAUCCAAUGUAUCUGGAACUUUAUACCCUCAUGAAUCAAAUUGCUCAGUAUUCUAUGAAUGCAAUCAUGGAGACCUAGUUUUACUCAAUUGUCCCGAAGGACUUUAUUUCGAUGCAUCUCGUCAAAUCUGCGUGUGGCCUCAUGAAACAAAUUGUCAGCAAUUAUCAUCAUCAAAUUCUUCAACCACAGUUUCUGCAACUUUACCAACAACUGCAACACCAUCAACGAAUAUUUCUAUCUUAUGCCCUGCUGACAAUUCAAAGGAUGGAUUAUUAUAUCCUCACGAGUGUGUAUGUAGCAAAUUCUACACCUGUACUAAUGGACAACUCGUUCUAAAUCAAUGCCCAACCGAUUUAGAUUUCAAUCCUACAUUAAAUAUUUGCGACUGGCCGGAAAAUGCUAAAUGCCAGCUGUCUUCAUUCUCAUCUCAUGUAUCUUCAACAACUGACUCACUAACGACAAGUAUUCCUAUCGAAUCAGCUAAACCUAUUGUAUCAAAUUCAACACAAUCUGACAGUUUAGUUGAUCAAUCUUUAGUUUCAACAAGUAUUCCAGUUGAAACUAUCAAACCUAUUGAACCAAGCUCAACACACUCGAAUAAUUUGAUCAACCAAUCUUCAGUAUCUAAAUCUGAAUGUCCAGAAGACGGAUCAGAUUCACAAAUUUCUCACGAAACUAAUUGUCGUCUUUACUAUGAAUGUAAAGAUGGUGAGAAAUUAUUGAAAGAAUGUUCAUCGGGAUUAGAAUUCAAUCCGUUGCUCCAAGUUUGUGAUUGGCCGGAAUAUGCUGGAUGCUCACAGCCUCAAAGUACUCAAGGAACUACCACAGAAAAAAUUUUAACUUCUAUACCAGUAGUUGAAUCUACUACACCAAUAAUUCAGUCGUCGACACAAAAAAAUGAAACUUCUACAACGGAAAUUCAAAGUUCUACGCCUGAGUUUGAAACUUCUACUCUACCAUCAGAAAAAUGUUUAAAACCAUGUCCAGUAAAUGACCCAAUUGAUUAUACAGUUUUAAUUGAAAACGAAAAUUGCUCGAAAUUUUGCAAAUGCAGUCAUGGAGUCCCUUACGUAUUAAACUGCCCCCCGGGUCUUUAUUUCAAUUCAUUACAACAAACAUGUGAUUAUCCAGAAAGAGCUAAUUUGCUGUGGACAAUUGUUAUUUUAAAUGGAAUUUCAUCUGCCUUCGAAAUCGAUGAUUUAGAAUUGAAUGAUCCAUUAAAAUCAGUGAACAAUAUUGAGCAAAUAGCAUACGAUUGUUAUGGUGAAUGCCCAAGAAAUGAGUUGAGAAAAAUUUUUUUACUUGCUAAUCAAGAUAAAACAAAAUAUUGUCGUUGCAAAUAUGGAUUACCCUAUCUUCGAAAGUGUCAUUCAAAUUGGGUUUUUAGUCUAGAAGAGGCUGAAUGCAUUGAUCCAUCAAAAUCUAUAAAUACCAACAAUUUAACUGGUUUCAUUAAAUUGUUAUGGAAAAAAACAUCGUCAGUAUUUAACAGUAGUGAUAAUAGCUUAUCAGCAUCAGUCCAAAGAAUAAAUGAUGGGAACAGAUGUAUAGGUAAAUGUUCAAAAGACAUUGCACAGGUAGCUAUGUUACUCGCUCACCAAGACUGUUCUAAAUUUUGCCAAUGUAAAGACGGCCAUGCAAAUGUUAAAACAUGUCAAUAUGAUAUGGAAUUUGAUUUUCAAGAAGGAACUUGUGUCGCACAUGGAAAAGCACAUUGUAAAAGUGAGUCUGCAAAACCUGUGCCGUCUUAUGAUUGUAUCGGAACAUGUCCGCACGGAAAUCUUGGGAGCAUAGCAACUUUAUUAUCUCACGAUGACUGCUUGAAAUAUUGUGUAUGUAAAAAAGGAAUACCAUAUAUUAAAGAUUGUCCUUCUGGCUAUCAUUUUAAUAUUAGCGCCGGAGGAUGUUUGGAACCAAAGGAUGCUAUGUGCGAUCGUUUAAAUGGCAUCAUAGCCAAUACUGUCGAUUGUAUUGGUAGUUGUAUAAACGAAACAAAUCACAACAAAAUUUGCUUACUAGCUCACAAAGAUUGUCACAAAUAUUGUGUCUGUAAAAAUCUUAUGGUAACUGUCCACAAUUGUGAAAAUAAUUUGUACUUUAAUUUAAAAACUCAAAGUUGUACUACCAAAGAAGAAGCUGGAUGUCUAGAACCACCACCUCCACCACCACUAGGGUGCCUUGGUGUCUGUCCAACAGAACCCACUAUAAAUGCAACUUGCACAACUCCACAUAGCGACUGUACUAAGUAUUGUUUGUGUGAUAAUGGAAAUCCUAUUGAAAAAGAUUGUCCGCAAGGUCUUCAUUUUAGUGUUAAAGAGGGUGUUUGUGAUGAUCCAAAAAUAGCUGAGUGUGAACUUCCCAAACCACCGGAUGAUGGUUGUCUGUCUUCAGAAUGUACCGAAGAUCCAAAUAAAGCAUGUAUUAUUAAACAUUCAAAUUGUACUAAAUAUUGUAUAUGUUAUAACGGAACAAUAACAAUUAAUUCCUGUCCAAACGGAGAACAUUAUAAUUUCGAAUCACUAAAAUGUGAUAAGCCCGAAAAUGCUGGUUGUGAUAAUUCAAUUACACCUAUUCCACCACUCACUUGCAAUCAACAUACAUGCAGUUUAAAUUCAAGAUGCCGAUGGCCCACUAAUGAAUGCAGACAAUACUGUGAUUGUCGCAAUGGCGUGACAACUAUUGAAAAAUGUCCAGAGAAUAUGCAUUUCAAUCCGAUAAAAGGGAUAUGUCAAAGUCCGUUAAUUGCUGGAUGUGAAAAUCCAAUACCAACUAUUCCAACUACACCAAUUCCAAUUCUAAUAGGGUGCUUACACGAAUGCAUAGCUGACAAUGAUCCUGAAAAAAUUUGUUUCCAACCUAACGAAGAUUGUACAAAAUAUUGUACCUGUCGCAAUGGUACAAAAAUGGCUCAUGAUUGUCCAAAUGGUUUACAUUUCAGCAAAGACAAAAGAGAGUGUGUUGAUCCAGCUAUUGCAGGAUGUGUACCUUACAAUUGUAUCGGAACAUGUCCUAAUUAUGAUUCCGCGGCUUGCUUGCUGAUGCACGGUGACUGUACAAAAUAUUGUCACUGUAUUCGUGGUGUGCCAAUUGUUAAAAAUUGCGAUUCAGGUCAUUUCAGUUUGGAGCUCGCAAAAUGUGUCAACCCAGAAGUAGUUAAAUGUGAUCGUAUUAAUGGCACUGUUAAUUCUUAUUGGUCUUCUUGGACAUCAAAUAAAGUCAGAAGUAAUCGUAUUCACCAUCGAUAUGCAAAAAAAAUUAUUUCGGAACAUUGUAUUGGAGAUUGUCCUCAAGAAGAUAUUACAGACGUUGCAGUUGUUUUGCCACACAAAAAUUGUUCAAAAUAUUGUCAUUGUGUUAAUGGACGUGGGUACGCAGAAUCAUGUCCAAGUAAUUUACGCUUUAGUUUAGACAAUGCCACGUGUAUGAGCCCACAAUAUGUAAAAUGUAACAUUAUGAUAACAUCAACGACAGUAUUGAUUAUAGUAACAUCACAACCACUAGACAGCAAUAGAUGCAUGGGAAAAUGUCCGUUGUCAAAUAAUCAAUUCGAUAAUCCAACUCUGUUAGUCCACGAAGAUUGCGCAAAGUAUUGCUUAUGUAAAAAUGGUUGUCCAACGGUUAAAACAUGUUCAGAAGGUUUACACUUCAGUUGGGACGAGCGGAUGUGCUUACCCGUUGGUGUAGCCAAAUGUGACGAUCGUAAUAAUUGCCUAAGAAAGUGCCCAUUUGAACAUGAUGUUGAAAGUGCACUAUUAUAUGCCCAUAAGAACAGAAGUAAAUAUUGCCACUGUCAUGAAUGGGGUAUAGUGACUGUAGAAAACUGUCCAGAGUCUUUAAUAUUUUAUCCUGAGUAUGGUUUGUGUAAAACUAUUAAGGAUUGUAAUGAUACGAUUACUGAAAAACCACGUAUUCGGACUUUACGGCCAAACUUAUCAGCAUCAACAGUAGCACCUAAAAAUGACGUUUCAACAACACCAUUAGACAUCUCAGUAACUGUAUCGCCUGUAGAUGAUAAUCCAACGACUCCAGGAUAUCCUUAUAAGCAUUCAACUUCAACAUUAGCACCAAAAAAUGACGUUUCAACAACACCAUUAGACAUUUCAAUAACCGUACCACCUGUAGAUGAUAAUCCAACGACUCCAGGAUAUCCUUAUAAGCAUUCAACUUCAACAUUAGCACCAAAAAAUGACGUUUCAACAACACCAUUAGACAUUUCAAUAACCGUACCACCUGUAGAUGAUAAUCCAACGACUCCAGGAUGUCCUUAUAAGCAUUCAACUUCAACAUUAGCACCUAAUAUUCAUGGACCACCAGCAGAAACUAAAAAUUGCAGCUGUCCAGAAACACCAGAAAUAAUUAAAAUAUCAAAUGGUGUUGAUGAUUGCAUCGGUUACUGUCCACCAGAAAACGAUCAUAGCUACACAGUACACUUACCUCAUAAAAAUUGUUCACUUUAUUGUAAAUGUGACUGGGGUACAGCUACUGUCAUGAUGUGUCCAAUAAAAUUACAUUUCAACCGAAAUCUUAAAAUAUGCGACUAUCCCGAAGACGCUAAGUGCUCUGGAAUAGGAGGAUUAAACACAUUGUCGACGAUACUAUUUUUAUUUGUUGGAUUUAUUUGUGGGAUAACUGCAGCAUCAGAAGUGUGUAUUGGUAAAUGUCCGGUACAAACAUCAUUAAAUGGUUCAGUAAUAUUUUUGCCGAAUGUUAAUUGUUCGAAAUAUUGUGUCUGUGAUCAUGGACGACCUAUUGAAAUGCCAUGUCCAGCAAAUUUACAUUUUUCCACUGAAAAUAAUACUUGUGCUGAUCCAGAACAAGCUAACUGCAUUGAUCUCAUACCAAUAACUAAUUCAACAUCUGAAGAGUCAGAGCAAAAAUAUGAUAAUUUAUUAAAUUAUUUACAUAACUCGGAAUCUAACAAUUUAUAUAAAUUUAAUUCAAAAUCAGGAAUUCGUUACAACACCUAUUGUGCAAAUCCAACAGUUGACUGUCGUGACAGACCUCUAAGUUGUAUUGGAGAGUGUCCUACUAAUCAUCCACAACAAAUUUAUUUGCUUGCACAUGAAGACUGUACUAAAUAUUGUAUAUGCCAAAAUUAUUUGCCAGUAACCAAAUUAUGUUCUAAAGAUCUUCAUUUUAGUAUUGACGAUGGAAUGUGCUUGGAACCAGAGAAGGCUCUGUGUGACGGGGUUAAUGGUUAUAUAACAACAACAACAACAACUCCCUCAACAUCUUAUAAAUGUGCUAGCGAAUGUCCAUUUUACGAUAAUCCAGACUUGGUUGUUUUAGUGGCACACGAAAUUUGUGGAAAGUAUUGUCAUUGUAAAAAUGGGAUUGGUGAGCCGAAAGAUUGUCCAUUAAAUUCACAUUUCAGUUUAUUGCAUGGUACAUGUGUUGAUCCUGAUAUUGCUCAAUGCCCUUAUGCUAAUGAUACUGUAAUACCUACACCAGUAACACCGGAAUCAGAAACACCAGCAACACCGGAACCAGUUACACCAACAACACUGGAACCAGUCACACCAGUAACACCAGAACCAGUUACACCAGCAACUUCGGAACCAGACAAAUCAGGUUGUAUUGGGGCAUGCCCAUUGUAUAAUAAUCCAACUCAUACAGCUCAAUUACCUCAUGAAGACUGCAAUAAAUUUUGUAAAUGUGAUUGGGGAAAACCAGUUGUAUUGGAUUGUCCACCAUCUCUUUUUUACAACCCAAAUCUUUUAGUCUGUGAUUAUCCCUAUGCAGCAGGAUGUACAGGAAAUAUUCAAAAUUUUGAAACUUAUGACAUGUUUAAAAAAUAUAAUAUCGACGAAAACUACCGCAAAGAAAACGUCUCAUCAGCAGACUGUGUUAAACCAUGUCCAUUGACCAAUCCACCCAACAGCACAGUCCACGUGGCUCACAAAAACUGUACUAAAUUCUGCAAAUGUUCUUACGGAACUGCUUGGGUAAUGGACUGCCCAAAAGAUUUGUAUUUUAAUCCGAAAGAACAAGUCUGUGAUUUCAAAUUCAAUGUUCACUGCGGUGAGAACGGACCUUGGGUUGAAGAUAAAAAAAUAAAUAUAGAGACUAUAAUCAAUAAAUUGAAUACUGAUGAUAAGAAAAAUUCAAUUUGGAGAAAAUUUAAACGUCUAUUACGUUAUUAAUAUCAAUCAUAAUAAUAACAGCAACCAAAUACAAUAAGGUAUUUCCAUCACCUGUUGCUUAUCAUUAUUCAUUAAAUUUUUCUAAAAAUAUCUAAAUCUACAACUUAUGUCUAUAUUCAUAACAAUAGGCAGUAGACUGACAUUUUUAUGAGUCUCGAAAACCCGGAAGCCAAUAAUGUAAUUUUAUUAUUGAGUUAUAAACCCAGCAUUCGAAAAUUAAUUUUUAAUGUCAUUGUAUCAAACUAAAUUUACUUAGUUAGUAAUCAAACUUAUUGUUUUUUUUUUAUUUAUAUUUUUAAUGAUUAAUUAUUAUUAAAGUGUAUAUUACAUUAUUAUUAUAACUAGUAAUAGUUAACAGUGUACAUUAUAUUGU